AUGGCACGAUCGCGGCGGGCGGAGUGUGAGGGCAUGCGACACACCUCAGGGGCUGGUUCCGACGCCGUUCCGAGCAUUGCGCAGCAUUCCGAGCAUCGGCAGUCCGCAGCGCCAAUUCCCGAACGACACCACCAUCCCCUGCAUGUCCGUCGCCGCAACCCAUGGCCUGCAGCCACGCCGCCGAUCGUCAAGGACGACUACAUGUACCUCGAGGGUCCCCAGGAACCUCGACACGGCAGCUCACAACCGCGAGACAAGCCUCAGACAUACCGUGCUCGAUACAUCGCCACCAUGACCAUCAACCGCAUCACGCUGUUCAAGAUCGCCAAGGACGAAGACAGGGCGACGCUGCUAGGCUUCUACAAGACGAUGCAGCAGACCGCCCUCAAGGACGGCAAGCCGUACAUCCUCGGCGUCAAAGCCGGCGUCGCGGCGCCCAACCCGCGGGACCAGGGCUAUACCGUCGCCGUGCAGUCGACGUUCGCCUCGACGGAGGACAUGGCCUUUUACGACAACGAGUGCGCAGGCCAUGCGAAGCUCAAGGCUUUUGUGAAGACUGUGCACGAGGGGGCCAUGAUGGUGUAUUUCGAGAACGCUCUUGAGUGA